AUUAAUCUGAUAUGGGCGUUGAGGAAUUGAGCUGCCCAAUACUCUGUUCUCUUAACCUUUGCUAUUCCCAAUUUCUCUAUCCUCAAAACCUCAUUUUCCCCCUUUCGUGCACACUAUACCAAUCUCUGAAGCAGAGUUGAACAAACAUGUCGGAGCCAACUAAAACUCCCGUGGUUCCUAAACAAGAAGAGAAGUCUGAUGCGGCUGGAGCUACUACUUCUGCUGGGUUACCUUCUGGGCAGAGAAGGGAACCCACUCCUGCAGUUUCUGGAAUGCCGAAUCCAUUUGAUUUCUCGGCUAUGACAGGAUUGCUUAAUGACCCAAGCAUUAGAGAGCUAGCUGAUCAGAUAGCUAAAGAUCCUUCAUUCAAUCAGAUGGCAGAGCAGCUCCAGAAAUCAUAUCAAGGGGGUACAGUUGAAGAGGGCAUUCCCAACUUUGAUCCCGAACAAUACUACUCAACCGUGCAACAAGUCAUGCAAAAUCCACAAUUCAUGAGCAUGGCAGAGAAGCUUGGUAGUACAUUAAUGCAGGAUCCAGCCAUGUCUGGAAUGCUUGAGAGUUUGACAAAUCCAGCCAAUAAAAGCCAACUUGAAGAACGAAUGGCACGUGUAAAAGAAGAUCCGUCUUUGAAGCCUAUUCUUGAUGAGAUCGAGAAUGGUGGUCCAGCUGCAAUGAUGAGGUACUGGAAUGAUAAAGAGGUUCUACAGAAGUUGGGAGAAGUGAUGGGAAUGGCCGCUGUAGGAGAAAGUGCCACAUCUGCUGGUGAUGCUGCUGAAGACGAAUCAGAGGAAGUAAAUGAUGAGGAAUCUAUUGUUCAUCACACAGCUAGUGUUGGUGAUGAGGAGGGCUUGAAAAAGGCACUUUCUGGUGGUGCUGAUAAGGAUGAAGUAGACUCUGAGGGAAGAACUGCACUGCAUUUUGCUAGUGGAUAUGGCGAGGUUAACUGCGCACAUGUUCUUUUGGAAGCCGGAGCAAAGGUUGAUGCUCUGGAUAAGAACAAGAACACUCCCCUCCACUAUGCUGCUGGUUAUGGCAGGAAGGAGUGCGUGGAGCUACUGCUAAAGAACGGAGCUGCUGUUACUCUCCAGAACUUGGACGGGAAGACACCUAUCGACGUUGCUAAACUAAAUAACCAGAGCGAUGUGCUCAAGCUCCUCGAGAAGGAUGCAUUUCUAUAAGCUGGAUGCUGCAACUGUAAGUGUUCUGCUAUUAGACUUGUCUACUUUCAUGAGCAGACGAGUAUUGGGAUGCCGACUUGAUUUGUUGUUUUUUUAAUUCGAUUGCAUCGAUCUCGUCCUCCUGGAAUGCCCGAUGUUUGUAUUAUUAUAGUUCCUGCCAUGAAUAAUCACUCCAUAGUUUGAUCCAGAGAGUGAUUAGAUAAUAAGAGUUUGUUCUUUUCAUUUUGUUUUUCCUUGUGUACAAUCAAAAUCAGAUCAUAGUAGGUUGGACUACAUAAUUAUUAUUUUCACAUUUUACAUAUUUAUUAUUUUUGGUC